UAGACAGCAUUCUCACUCCUGAGGACAUGGAAGCUAAAACAGUAAUCACAUUAUCCCCACAAAGCAUAAGGAAAGAAGAAUUUCAAGAGUUUGAUAAAGAUGAUUCGAACGAAUGCACUAUUAUCACAGAGAAAUACACUGUAAAACAUCAACCAAAGGUUGAAUACAUUUUAAAACCAGAGGAACUUUCAAGUCAAGAAGGAAACAAGGUUAUCCUGCCUGCAAAAGCUAACUUCGGUGUAGCAGAUUUAUUUAUCACACCGCAAGAUAUUUUUCAAGUAACUGUAUCACAACACCAUCCCAUCAAGCAAACCGAGCUUGUAAACCUAGUCAAAAAUCUGCCAGCACAUAUAAAAGAUACGGAUGCGAAGAUUCAGUUUUACUUUAUUGUUCCUAAUGAUAUCUAUGACACUUUUAAGUACCAAUAUAUUGUAAUGCAUGACAAUGAUACAAGUACAUUCUGA